GAUAAUUUCACUCCUCAAAAAGCCCUUUAAAAAAAUAUUAAAAAAAAAAGAAAAAAGAAAAGAAAGACAAGGGGAGGGCGAAGGCAUUUCGAUUAACAAUUCCUGUAAAAAUUUCUCCUUUCCGCCGACUCCUCCUCCUAGGAGUCGCAGCACCAAUUUUGCGCCAUUUUUUCGAGAAUCUUUUUUUUUUGCUCUUUUUCGACAGCAUAUAAAGGGAUUCUGUGUUUGCGUACAUUGUGGGUUUUCUUUUGUUGAUUUCUUUCUAUCAGAAUCGAAUUUAUUUGAUCAUUGUAGUUGGGUGUCUGUUGUUUCCACUUCUGAGUCGAUUUGAAGAAUACCCAUUUCAUAUUUUCAUCUUAAACCCUAUUUUUCUCCUGAUUCCAAUCGAUUUAGGGUUAAAAAUAGGAUUUUUAGCGGUAAAUUAGGAUUCUUUCAUUUGUAUUUGGAAUGUGCACAUGGUUAUUUUAAGGAGGAAGGAGGGCUUGUGGUUGAUCUCAAACCAUUGCAACUCAUUGUGGAACAGUUGGGGUUCAAUGGCUUUGAACAAGGUUCUGCACUCUACUAGGUUUCUUGAGUACAGCUCUAUGAGUGAAGCUAAUGAGUACCAAAGAUUUAAUCACCGCAAGGUUUGGUUUGAUUCGUGUAGUGGUUCUAGUGUCAAUACUAGAUGUGGGUUGAGCUUGAGAGGUUGCUUGGAUCGCCACGAUGGGAGCGCAAAGGCUCGUGCAAUGGCGGUUAACCGCCAGUUGGUUCGUGAUCCGAGUGCUAUUCUUAGGGACGAGGUGGGGUUGAAGUUGGUGAAUGGAAAUGAAGCUUGCAAGAAUGGGAGGCCCCUUGGGUCUAAUAAUCUGUUGAUACCGGAGAAGAUGGUUGUUGCUGUUGACGUGGAUGAAGUUCUUGGAAGCUUUCUUGCAGCAUUGAACAAAUUCAUUGCUGACAGAUACUCGUUGAAUCACACUGUGUCGGAUUACUACGUAUAUGAGUUCUUCAGGAUAUGGAAUUGCUCUCGAGCUGAAGCUGAUAUCCGAGUGCAUGAGUUUUUUAAAACUCAUUAUUUCACAUCUGGAAUUCAUCCCAUUCCAGGAGCUAGAGAUACUCUUCAUAAGCUGUCCUCAUUUUGUAAUCUUUCUGUUGUGACAUCUCGGCAGAAUGUGAUAAAAGAUCAUACACUACAGUGGAUUGAGCAACACUACCCUGGUCUUUUUCAAGAGAUUCAUUUUGGCAACCAUUUUGCUUUGGAUGGGAAAUCAAAGCCUAAAUCUGAAAUUUGCAGAUCUCUAGGAGCUCAAGUUUUGAUCGAUGACAACCCUAGAUAUGCUCUAGAAUGUGCUGAAAUUGGUAUCAGAGUUCUCCUCUUCGACUACUACAAUUCAUAUCCAUGGUGCAAGAAUGAUACCGUUGAUUCACACCCUCUUGUGACCAGAGUCAAAGACUGGGAAGAAGUAGAGCAGAAUUUAGCCUCAUUGGUAGUGUCAUAGGAGCUCUCCUCUCAAUGAAGAGUCUUCCCAUGUUCAAAUGAAUUACGACGAAAGACUAUGUACAGAGGAUAUUUAGAAAAGUAGAAUAAAAUGCUACUGCAGAACACAUACGUGAAAUUUUACCUUGGGGCUUGUUUGGAUUGAGGGGAAUGAGGGUGAAGGGAAGUUAGGGGAACCAUUCACCUCCAUUCACCUUGUUUGGGAACACUUAGGAGGUGAAGUUAAUUCACCCUAGUUCCCCUUGGUUCACCCCCAAAUAGUAUAAAAUUUGUUACCUCCCAAAUUGGGGUGUAACCAAGGGGAAGAGAACUCCCUUCCCUUCCAUUCCCUUCCCUUCCAUUCCCUUCCCUUCUCUCAGUUUCCCAUAACUUCCCUUCACCCCCUACAAAUCCAAACAGGCCCUUAGGGAGAGACGCUAAUCAUGCAGUUGUAUUGCAAGUCAAAACAUCAAGUGUACACUCUUGAAAAUGUUCUUUAGUUCAUUGUAGCAAACUAUUUCAAUUAUAAAUCAAUUUCUAUGAGAUUACAAUGAUCUGAAA